GUGAAGCAAAAUGAUGGCAGCAGCAAAAUAACUAGUGUCAGCAGCAGCUAGAGUCACCAGGAACAAGUUUGGUGUGGCAGUGCGGAAAUAGGCUGAAAAUCCUUUAUAAAAUUGGUCCAAAUUGUUUCGCGAAACAGUGCAUUGCAUGUAAAUUGUGCUAAAAAUAGUGUGCGCUCGUAAGCAGCGGUGAUAAAUUCGUUCCUUCGUGGUGCAUCUGGUGUAAAAUAGUGCUUAAAUUUCGAAGGGGUCGUCGGAAAACUUUUCUUCUCUCCACUCCACCUUUCCCUGCUGUUCCUAUCAGGCGCUUUGCAUUUAUAAAAAAAAAACUCCCCAACAGCUGAGAAAGGGAGCAGCUUGGCCAGAUUUGUGCGACGCCCGCAAAAGAUCAUUAAAGUGACACGAAAAUUCAUUCCCUCACCGCAGGAUCUGGUGCAGUAAAUUCCCGAAAGAUUAGAUUAAAAAUAAAAUGGAUGAGCUGUCGGAGGCGGAGCUGCGCUACUACAAUGAUCUGUUCAAAAUCUGCAGCGAUUCGGCGGAGAAAUCCUCCUCCAACUACGACAGCAGCGGGAAGAUUCCGGCCCUCAAAGCCACCUCGCUGUUCCGAUCGGCGAAUCUGUCCAACGAAAUAAUUAACAAGAUAACAUCGCUGGUUGGUGUUCCACAGACUGCGUUACAUCUCUCGCGACAGCAGUUUUACGGAUGUUUGAAGCUGAUUGCGGCCUACCAAGCUUCGGUGCCACUACGCGAGGAGAUCCUAACGUCGACGAUGACCCUGCCGCUGCCCCAGUUCAGUUGGAUCGAUUCGCCAACGACACUUCCCCCCUCGGUUAGCAGUGCCGUUUCGGCCGCGUCAAUUGGCACCGGUGGAGUUCUACCCGAACGCAAUGGUCAUUACGGCAUCAAAAGUGGUCGAGAUCUCAUUGAACUGCUCGCAACAACGACGGCGACGACGGUGACGACGACCAGCAGUGGCAGCAGCAGUCGUGAACGGAUGGACAACGUGUCCACGAGCGGGGGCGAUGUGACCAACUCGGACCAACCCAGCACGGACUCGGAGGUGGACCACAAUGACGAUUCGAUGCUACGGUCCGCGGAACGGCAUCACAUCGUAAACGUGAAGGGACACGGCGGUGGUAAGCUCGUUGGCGAGGGCACUGGCAGAAACAGUGGCGUCGGCGGGGUUGGCGGGUCGGUAUCUCCGGAGGCUUGGAGCACGGCGAGUGAUAGUCCAACGCCAACGAACAGUGUAGCGGAACGGCCGUGGGCGAACCAGAACCUGUGGCAGGGACUGGUCUGCGAGGAACAGCGGCAGCUUCUCGGCACGGAGGAAGAAUCUUCGGAUAAGCAUAGCAGCGACGAGGACCAGGAGAUUGACCUGGAGUACUUUUAUCAGAUAUCACAAACGCAGAAAGAGUACUAUCUGAAACAGUUUCGGACCAUCCAGCCGGACGUUCACGGGCUGGUCAGUGGACAAGUUGCUAGGGUAUUUUUCGAAAAAUCUCGCAUCCCCAUCGAGGAGCUACGCCACAUUUGGCAAAUGUGCGACGUGACCCGGGAUGGGGCGCUAAACCUGGCCGAGUUUACCGCCGCCAUGCAUUUGGUGGUCCUGCGACGGAACAACAUCCCCGUUCCGGCCUCCCUGCCACCGUGUCUGAUGCCAACGCUGCUGCAGCAUUCGCUAUUUGCCGGCACCGGAGGAGGCAGCUUGCCGAAGCAGCAUAGUGGAGGUUCUGCUUCCGGUGUGAAUAGUGCCGGAGGUGAUGCCUCAGGGAACCACGUGCGGGAAUCUCAACCUGAGGAGGCCGACCUGCUUCAUCUGGAGAGCGACGAUAACACUGAAAGUGCUGGUAAGGUACCGAGUCUGGUUGAUACGAAAGAAUACAAGCGGAUUUUGCCCCAUCCGGAGCCGCUUAAGUUUGGUCACUCGAAAAGCAACGCCGGAGAAGCGGAGAGUCCCCCGACGAUCUCAUCGACCACGGGAAGUGUGAAGGUAGCUAGUGGUCGGAAAACACCGACCAACAUUGCAUCGCCUCCGUCGCAGGCCAGCAAGCCGAUUACUCCGCCAAACACGUUGAACAAUAAGGAUUGGAACACCUCCAGUAAAGAAUGGACCAAAUUCACGGAAUCUCCUACAUCAAAUGUAUCUAGUCCUGGGCCAAAGCCGGUAAACUUUGACAUGCAGCGUACAACGCAGGCAAUUGAGUCCAAUCCACAAAUUCUACAUCCAGUGCCACUUCGUGUAACUCCUGUCGGUGCGGAAGCCGCCGUUGCCGACAGCAGCAGCCUAGUUUACAGCGUCGCCGGCGAUGGCGGAGUGCUGAUCGUACAACGGGACGACGGCAGUCCGAAGCAGCAGUUAGCGCACCAACAGCAGCUACACCCUCAACAUAUACAAACUCCACGCGACUCGCUGACCAGCGGUGAUUUGCGCGCCAUUCAGAGACCCCAGCCGAAGAAGCCCCCGUCGAAGGGGUUCGGAGCGAUUCCGCCGCCACCCCAGCGGGAACCAAGUAUUACGUCAACGACCGGAGGCGUCGAGCCGGCACCAGCAAUGACCACCUCGCUCGAUCCGGCCACCUUCAACAGUAUCAUCAACAGCACCGCCACGGUGGCCAGCUAUCCGGUCGCCGUUUGCAACGUAACGAACAGUGCCAGCAACAAGAAGGAUCAACCUCCGCCACCGUUGCCACCUCCCAGGCCGACCCAGCAUCGGCACACCCGAAGCAGCAGCCUAGAUCUGAACAAGCUGAAGCUGAGCAACGCAAACGCAGCGCUCACGAAGCAGCUCGAGGACCAAAUGCGGAUGCCUCCGCCGCCGGAAGUCCCGCCGCGCGUUACACCCACGGCCGAGAGCCAUCCCGGGUUUGCCGAUUUCGCACAAUUCCCCAACUCGUUGGCGCCCGACGGAACACGAUUGAGUUCUGCGGAAAACAACGUCACCACGAUCCACCUGGACGCCAGCGGCAACAUGACCCAUUCAACGCGUGGCGGCAGCUUAACCAGUGGCGGCGGCGGUCCCUCAAUCCAGACGGCACCCCACAACAGUGCCUUCGAGGUGUACCGGAAGCCGUCGCAGCAGCAGCUUCGUGGAUCUCAAUCGCCAACGCAGCCGCCGCCACCACCCUUGGUCGCGUCGCGCAGUGUCGAGUCCUCGUCGCACGAGUACGAGAAGCGAAUCUCGCUGCUCAGCGACAGCCUACGCCAGGUGCGGUUCAAGGGCAGCGAAACGGCGCACGGACCGGACGUGCUGAAGCACCUGAAGGAGCAGAACCUGCUGCUGUUGAGGAUAUGCAGCGACCUGAGCGAGGAACUGUUGCAAAUCCAGCAGAAGCGGGAAGAUAUCCGGAUAAAGAUCGAACUGCAGGAGCAAAACCUGGGAGCCGGGCCAAAACCGUAAGCGCCGGAGUCGUCGUCGUUGUCGUCUUCGUUGAUUGUUGAUUUGAUUGGUGAACCAAAAGUGUAAAAUUUGAUGUAAAAUAUCGUAGUGCAGCAUGUCCUCAAAACUUGAUCCCCCACGCAAUGUUAGGCGCUUUUCAUCCAACAACCAGCAGAACGCGUGUGUUUGUGUUGGUUGGUUGGUUGGUGUAGCUCUGUAAACGCAGUAAAAUCUAACGAUUAAAAGAUAAACAUUUUUAAACACUGUUAGCAACUGUAGUCUAAGCCAAAAGUAAAAUUAAAACCGGAUAUUUUAAAAAGCGAACAUUACAAAAAAAGUAACUCUUUGCGUGAUCGUACUGAAAAGAUAUAUUGAGAAUUGCAAGAAGGCGGAGCGAUAUCGACUCGCAGUGAAUGUCAACACUCAUGUUUGUUUAUUAUCAGGUUCUUUUUGAAAAGAAAAUAAAUAUUAAAAUAUAUUGAACAAAUGUUACACGCUCGAACCCUACGCAUUUCCGUAUUUAUAAAAACAAAAAAAAAAACACAAACACAAUAAAUCCAACGGUUUGGUUGACCUAGUUGUAUGACACGAGAGGUAUAUCGAAACUAACUAAACUGUGAAACGAGCUGAUGAUAUAGUUUAGUGUACGUUGAUUGUGCUAAGCAUCCUGAACGAUCUGAAUACAAAGUAAUGAAUGACCCUUUUUUCGAAUGUGUUGCUAAUGAUGGUUGUAUGAGCGGAAACAAUAAGAACAAGAAAAAAAAACACAAAUACACAUACACACCCAUACACAGAGAUACUUAUUUUUAUAAAGAUGUAUAAACUAUUUAAAUCUAUUUUUUAAAACGCUUCUCUUGAAAAAACAAACACUCUUUGAGACAGCGAAGCAGAAAAAAGAAAACGAAGUAUUAUCUUUACGGAAAAGGACUCUCUCUCAAGAGAGAGACUUCCGAGGUUCUAAAAUGGAUUAUAAUAAAAAAAAAGUUAUUCCAAGAUCCCCCAUUUCAUUGUCAAGCGUCAGCGUUUUAAAUAUUUUUUACUUUAGUUAGGAAGCUAACCACUCGAACAAAACAACCAUUAUAUCAAUCAAAUAAAACAAAACACAAUGUAAACGCGUAAUGUUUAGUAUAUCUUAGCUUUUGAUCUAUCUACAAAUUAAAAAAGAAAACAAGAAAGAGCUCAAAGCCGAUGAUGUUAUGAUUGUACGACA